AUGUUUUUUUUCGUUAUCCUUUUUCUGUUCGGUACGGCUGUCGCACAAACACCAAAACCGUGUACAAGUCCUCGUCAAUGGGAAGCACGCGUACAUAGUUCCAAUCCAAAUCUCGAUGCUGAUCUUCUCGGUCGUUUCAGCUACGAUUCCGUAUUUCAACGUACACGCAUUUUACAACGUGUAAAAGUUGGUCGUACGGAAACGUACUAUGAUAUUAUUAGUUUAUAUCAUGAUAAACUUGCAUUUAUGAUCGAUAUGAAGACUGCUAAAUGUUCACGUUUUAACUUUGAUCAGCCAUGGCGGGAUUUCGGCAUUCAACCCGAUGCGACGCCACUUGGUGUAGCUUAUAUUGGUUCCUCUGCUCUUUCUGAUGCUACCCUUCUCGUCACUAUUUGGACUGGAAAGGAAAUAAUUCCUAUAAAUGAAACUGCACGUUAUAUCGACACAUGGACUCGAAACAGUUGUUUACCAGUCUCUAAUAUCGUUUUUGAGCCAAGUGGAAGUGUAAAUCAUUUAAGAUACUAUGAUGUAACACUUGGUAUCAAUGAUCCAAAUGUAUUUAUUCCACCAGAGAAAUGCUUCACCGAUGAACGACAUCCAGUACAGUAUUUUCCUUUUGGUAUACUUCGAAAAAAUAUGUUAUUUUAA